GUAUUUCACUGCUUGAAGCCGGCGACAAAGGGUGGCGGUGAGACGAUUUUGGUUGAUGGUUUCGCAGUUGCUGAGCAAAUUCGAUCGCAAAACGUCGCAGAUUUUGAUUUGUUGACAACAGCACCAAUUGAGCAUCAUUACGUCGAAGGUGGAAGCAGUCCAUCGAAUGCGAAAAUUUAUUCACGCUGCUGUAAUAAACCUGUUAUUGAGAUCGACCGUGAAGGAAUGCUCAAACAAAUAAGAUAUAAUCCAUACGAUCGAGCACCAAUGAGGAUCACAUCAACUGAUGAUAUAAUCAAAUUCUAUAAGGCUUAUGAGCGAUUAUCGAAGUUGGUACAUGAUACUAAAAAUCAACUCGAAAUAUCUUUGAAACCUGGAAACGUGAUUUUUAUCGAUAAUUUUCGAGUACUUCAUGCACGGAAAGCGUUUCAGGUGGGUUAA